UCAAUGUCAGACGUGGUGCGACGACAAAAGGAAUAGGCCGUGUGGCAUGAUGCGGCGCGGAGCGGCGUGACGGAGGAGCAUUUCUUCGGAAAUCGGCUACUACAUCGACUCCAUUACCAAGCGUAAUCGCGAGCCAGCCUGGCUGAAAGGGAUAUAAGACUACGACUGCACGGUUGUGCGUUGUCAGACCGUAGAGAAUAUCGUUCGCGGUCAAACUAAAGGGGAAAGAGAACCUUGGCAUCGGUGUUCCUCCUCGCUGAGUGGUGCGUGCGGAAAGGCGAAUCGAGAAUCUGCCACUUCGAUAACAGUUACCUCGGAUCCAUCGUGCACGUCGGUACCCUGCCUCGCGGCUCCUUCUCCACACCCUGUCGCGGUAGCCCUUUUGCAGAUAGAGUCGAUUCGAUCCUUUGUUUCUUUGUUUCCUCUUUUUUUUUUUUUUUUUUUUUUGUUUUUCCUAAAUCCGCUCGUAUUCCACUCGAGCAACGACCGCCGGUCUUUGUCUCUCUCUCUCUCUGAUCGUAACGACGUACUCGGCAACGAGUACAGGACGUCCUUGGACGAAACGGAACGACCAAAAAGAAGACAGUGAAAGAAAAUUGCCAGUGGAUCGUGGUUCGUUCAGCAAGAUUCUCCCCUGCCGAUAACCUGUCGUCGGCGGGAUCAAGCACGUUGAUUCGACGCACGGCCGUCUCUUCUCGCACAGAACAGGUUUUGUCCGUGUUGUCAGGAAUCAGGCAACAAUGUCGGGCAUCGUCGAGUGGUACAAAGAUCUCAUGUACAACAAAGCCCAUCCACUGACAAAAGAAUGGUUUCUAAUAUCAGGACCGGGCCCCCUGGCGAUGAUCAUCGCCAGUUAUGUAUACUUUUGUCUAUUCGCCGGGCCGAGGUACAUGAAGGAUAAGAAGCCGUACGAGCUGAGAACCACCUUGAUAGUGUAUAAUUUCAUACAAGUGCUAUUUAGUAUAUACCUGUUUUACGAGGGACUGAUGAGCGGAUGGUUGCACGAUUACGAUUACCGUUGCCAGCCAGUCGACUAUUCGGAAAAUCCGCAAACUCUAAGGAUGGCCAAAGCCGUACACUUCUACUUCAUGUGCAAGCUGAUAGAGAUGCUGGACACGGUGUUCUUCGUCCUUCGGAAGAAGGACCGUCAAAUCUCGGCGCUUCACGUCUAUCAUCACGCUAUAAUGCCGUUUUGCGCUUGGGUCGGGAUCAGAUUCGUGCCGAACGGCCAUGGGACGUUCCUGGGCGUGAUCAAUGCCUUUAUUCACAUAAUUAUGUACGCGUAUUACAUGCUGACCUCGAUUGGCCCGCACAUGAACAAAUACCUCUGGUGGAAGAAGUACAUAACGAUACUGCAGCUGGUCCAAUUCGUCCUGGUCUUCGUCCACACCGCUCAACUCUUCUUCAAUGGAUGCAACUUCCCGAAAUCGUUGGCGUUCCUCCUCCUGGUGAACGCACUGUUGUUCAUCUACAUGUUCGGCUCGUUCUACGUGGAGAAUUACAUCAAGCAGGACAGAAAUAAGAGGAAGACGGACCCUGCGGCGGACAAAACGGAAUGAGCCCGGCGCAAUCGUCGGCGUAAUUCGUUUUCUCGCUCAUUAGAUAGACUUUCGUUACGAAGGAGCAAAUUCCACGUCCGUUAGGCAUACAGUUCUCUAGCGUUUAACCCCUUGAUUGCGGCGCACUCUGACGAAAGCACGCCUGACAAGGGCUGCGUGCGCAGCACACCGAUAUUUGCAUAAAAAUCGUUGUAGAACGAGGGACUGAUAAGGGAUCGAUCGUUGGCUUCACGUUGAAACGCGAUGAAGUAAUGAAAAAUUGUGCGCACGAUACGUGAUAACGUGUAUGUAUCGGGUUAUAGAUAGACGGCGGUGUCGCAUGCGAAUUUAUACUUUCUGUGAAAAUGAUUAAAACGGCUGAACCUGGGCAGAGGUUUGUUUUACCAAUUGAACAUUGUAACAAUUGUUGUGCAAACUUUUGACGUUUGACACCGUGUCGUUUGUUAUGGGUAUUUUUACAUAUCGCUAUUCACAUAAAUUAUUUACAUAAUAAAUGUAUUUAUAUAAAUUUAAAAAAAAAAAAAAAAACCCGCACGCUAAUUGUGACGUACGAUACAUGGUACGAAGUUAGGUUCCAAUCUUUGCGCUGGUAUCUUCUUUCUUUAUUGCGUGAAUCGUGAUAUAUAAAUAUGGUUGUUUCUGCAGAAGAUGGUGUAUAUCGAUGCUAAGAGGAUCGGCGACGCUAUUUGCGAUUUUUAGCAGAAUUUAUUGAUCUCUGAAAACCGAUUGUUGUAGUGUUAGCAGACGUGCGAGAUAAUUUGUCAGUAAACUGCAAGGCGCUAUGUGUACACAGUCAAAGGGUUAAUAUUUUGGAUAUUUAUUGCCGGUCGAUCGAUUUCGUUUAUUCGACAAUGUGAAACGAUCUUCCACGAAGCUAGGAAACAGCAUAUUUCCGACGUUUCGCUAAAUUAUUUUGCAACGGCGACAUAUUUAUCGUACGCAAGCUCAAAUCGUCCUUAAAUCGUUUUCCUUUCCUUCUUCCUUCUUUCUCUUAUCAAAACAAUGUACGAAAACAAUGUCCAUUCUAUUUUACAUUGUACAUUGACCGCGUAUAUUUAUGUACGAAACUUAUAUAUACAAUACGCUCUCGCCAAAAACAUUUAGAGCACGCUAACAUUUCAAAAGAGACAGAUAGUAACUUUUUCCUAUUAAAUAAAUACUUUACGUACAAUGUCAACUUUUGAAAUUUUAACUAGUUAUACAUAAAGAUGAAAAUUAUUAACUUAUAAUUUCUUGUUCAACUCAAAACAUUUGACAUUUUAUUAUUCGUCUAAAAAGUAAAAAGAUGCUGUACAAUUUCAAGCAGGGGUAUAUGUACAUGUACAUGAUACAUGCAACACUUUUUAGGUUCAAAUCUAAUAAAAGCUGUACAA